CGUGAGCAUUCAUAACCUCUUUCUUCUGCCUUAUCUAUAACCUUUAUAACCUUGGUUAUAAAAAAAAUUUAACAAGCAUGGCUUCAAGAAUGUGUAACACCGUUUCGUCGAUAUCUUCCUCAACGUUGGGCGAUGGAAAUCAGUCUAACGAGCGCGAUCCAUUAAUUACAAUCGACGAUAGACGGCAGAAUUAUGAUUCAAUCUUCAAACAUAAUAACGAACUAAGUACUGCGCGUGACACUUCGAAGUCUAUAGCAUGUAUCAGACGUUUUAGAGCCAAGAACAGAGAAUUUUUGGCUGAGUUCAUCGGGACCAUGGUUCUUGUUAUCUUAGUAUGCGGUGUAUCAGCAGAAGAAACUUUAGGCAUUGGCUCGCAUAAAUCAUGGUUGACAUCCUCGAUUGGAAACGGUUUUGGUGUUUUAUUGGCUGUUUGUGUGGCGGGGCAUAUCUCAGGCGGUCAUGUCAACCCUGCUGUUACAAUCACCUUUUGGGCAUUCAGUGGUUUCCCCACUCGAAAAGUUCCUACAUAUCUUGCUGCCCAGUUUCUCGGUGGUUUCACUGGCGCUGCCUUACUUUAUAGUAUUAUUGAACCCGCCAUUUCUCAGUUUGAUCACGGAGAACGGCAAAUUCUUGGUAAGCUAGGUACUGCGGGUAUUUUUGGAACAUAUCCUCCUUUGUAUGUUGGUAUUUCCUCUGCUGUCGCAUCCGAAAUAAUUGGUACAGCCUUGCUUCUUCUUAUCAUCAUGACCUCUGGUCAUCCUAACAACCUGCCCUUUAAAACUGCACAAGGUUUAAUGAUUGCCGCUGGUGUCUCGGCUAUUUCCUUGGGCUUAGGUUAUACUUCUGGCUUUUCCAUGAACCCUGCUCGUGAUUUUGGUCCUCGUAUAUUUACAGCUAUAGCAGGUUGGGGUAUGGAAGUCUUUACAAUUCGCAACUACUACGCUUUAGUGCCUAUGUUGGCUCCUAUCCUUGGGGGUCUUUUAGGCGGAUUGAUUUAUACCAUCUGUAUAGACUAAUCAUGCUGCUGGGUAUAAAUAGAUAAUUUAACAUAUUUUUGAGCGAGAGCAAAAUAGUAGUAAAGAGCUUUCAAACGUGCGUGAAUUGUGUUAAAAACUAUCUGCUUGUGAGUUUUAACCAGCUGAUUGACUUAAUACAGUAUUUUACCUUAUAUUUUAGACGAUUUACAAUUUUUAAUGGAC